AUGUACUCAAGCGUGAUCGGCAAGAUAGAGAAGGCCAAGAGAUACGCCGAAGAGAAAGGCCGGGUUACCUUCAGCAGCUUCGUGGUCACCUUCCGUGGGGAAAACGACGACCACAAGGUGGAGUAUAACGAUGGCAACUUAACCUGCACCUGCACCUUCUUCCCAGGUCACGGCUUCUGCAGUCACUCCAUGGCACUCCAGCGAAUGCUGGAGGAGAUGCUUCCCCCCGUAGAAGUGCCUCAGAACUGAUAUAUCCAACGCGCUCAUGGUGAGCUUGGCGAACCAUAUGAGCGCGAAAGAAAGCAUCUCCCGUUCCGCCAUUCCUGCGGAAGGAGAGCUUUGAACAACCUCGCUUCGGCGCGACCACCCCCGUCGUCACUCCCGUGCAGACGGGAGUCCACGCCCCACCCCGCCUGGAUUCCCGUCCCCGUAUCGGAGUACGGGGCAAGCUUCACGGGAAUGACAGAGAAGUUCGCCUCUUCUGGUAGAUACACCGGAGUUGUGCAAGGAUCUACGAAAGCAGGGAUUUAGGGCAUAUCUUGGUAUUGGUUGACCGCUCACCUUGAGCGCAGACAAAGGACGCGAGCGGAAGACCGCCACCUCACACCCUUGAGUCCACCGCCUCCUGGAUGAGACCCAUCACUUCGCUGACCGGCUUGGGGCCAAGGUCCUGGCCGUCACGGAGGCGCACCGACACGGAGUCGGAGUCGAUCUCCUUGUCGCCCACCACCAGCAUGAAUGGCACCUUGUUCAGCUGGGCGUGGCGUAUCUUUGCGUUCAUACGCUCAGAGCGGCCGUCCACGUCCACUCGAAUAUCGCUCUCACGCAGCCUGUCCGAUACCGCUUGGGCGAAGUCCAGGUGACGGUCCGCAAUGGGUAUGACCACCGCCUGCACG